AUGACCUCGCAAGACGACCAGGAAAAAGGUCCGGAGGUUAGCCUCGCGGCUGAUGAGAAGCCGAGUCAUGCGCAAAGGCCGGCAUGCUUUAGCUCGACUUUGCAGGAAUGUCUGUUCGUUUUGACUGCUACGAUGGCGAUUGGCCAGCAGUCUUUUUUCCAGGGCUGUAUCGUUGGUGUGACGGCAUCGAUUGGAUCGGAUUUGAAUAUGAAUUCGGCGGAAAUUACGUGGAUUAACGCUGGUGCCUCUCUCAGCAGCGGUGCUUUCCUCCUAACAUUCGGCAAACUAGCCGACAUGUUCGGCCGAAAAGCACUCUUCAUAAUCGGCAUGGCAGGCUUCACUCUCUCCCUACUAGUAGCCGGCUUCGCCACGAACGCCAUCUACAUGGACGUAUUCUCCGGAAUCCUAGGCCUCUUCGCAGCCGCCGUCGUACCACCGGCCGUCGGCGCAUUAGGCGCCGUCUACGAAAAGCCGUCUAAACGAAAGAACCGCGCCUUUGCGUGUUUCAGCGCGGGCAAUCCGCUCGGCUUCGUGGGUGGUAUGAUUAUUUCGGGGGUUGCGUCACAUGAGUAUAAUUGGCGGGCGUCUUUUUGGGCGUUGGCGGUUGUUUAUGCGAUUUUUACGGCGUUGACGGUUUGGACGGUGCCAGCGGAUGGGUUUGCGAGGACGCCGGUUAGUAUGGAUGUCAUUCGGAGGUUUGAUCUUUUGGGGACCGGGUUGGUUAUUGUUGGGUUUGCUUUCUUUUCGAGUUCGCUUUCAUUGGCUGGUGAUGCGCCUGAUGGAUGGAAGACGGGUUAUGUCCUUGCGCUUCUUAUUGUGGGCGUUUUCUUGCUCGCGGGAUUCUUGUAUUGGCAGUCUAUUGCUAAAGAACCCUUGAUGCCUUUGUGGGUUUGGAAAGAUCGCAAUUUCUCUUUGCUUAUGGCAACCUUCUGCCUUGGAUUCAUGGGCUUCUCAGCCGUCUCAUUCUACCUCUCACUCUACCUGCAAGAAGUCAAGCACCUCACAGCCCUCGACAUUACAGUCCGCCUCCUCCCUAUGGUUGUCAGUGGCGUUCUGGUCAACGUAAUCUGCGGCCUGGUCCUACACCGUGUCAGCAACAAGCUGCUCACUGGUAUCGGUGCCUUGGCAUACACUGCAUCAUUCCUGAUCCUGAGCUUCAUGAAAGAAGACGCCAUCUACUGGGCGUACAUCUUCCCGGCGCUGGUCCUCGUCGUGGUCGGUGCCGAUAUCCAAUUCAACGUUACGAACAUGUACGUCAUGUCUUCUCUCCCGCCAAAUCAACAAUCCAUUGCGGGUGGUAUCUUCAACACUGUCAGUAAACUCUGCAAUAACCUUGGUCUUGGUAUUGCGACCUCCGUCAAUAGCUCAGUAGCUAGUCAGAUGACUGCUUCCACGCCGGCUAUCCGGCCUUACUUGGCAGUCUAUUGGUUCGCCGCUGCUUGUGCUGGCUUAUCUGUGUUUAUGGUGCCUUUCUUGACGCUAGGCACGCAAGGUGGGGAUACAGGCCCGAAGAGUGAACAGACAGUCGUGGCGUCUGAUAACGAAGGAGAUGUUGGUGAGAAGAGGGCUGUUGAUGACUCUAUCAUGGAUGCGGAUACUCGCGUCGCAACGCCAGUCAUGGAACUCGAGAAAUCAUGA